AUGUUCUUUACCAAAUUGUCAGCCCAGUCCUCGAAAUUCCGAGCUACCCAGUUUCGGUUUUACUGUGAUCGCCCACAUUCUUCUCUUUCCAGGCGCACAGGGCCACUUGCUUAUUAUAAAAGUCUAGUUAAUCAAGGGAAGUUGAAACAUGACGUUUACCAGGAAAAGGUUGCUGUGGAACUUGAUAGUUUGCUUGGGAGACUGGACCAAUAUGAGAAAGACAUGGAGGAAUACCAUGCGAACCUUGCUAAAUGGGAAGAGAACCGGGAGAACGAGCGGCGGAGGCUUUUGAUGAAAGAAGCCAAGUCAAAACAGGAAGGCGAUCCUUCGACAUCUGUAAACAAGCGCCGGAACUUUUUUCAAAAGUGGAUGUCAAGAAAUGAUACUGUUGAACCAGGAGUGGGAAAAUGGGUCUCAUAUCUUAAUCGAGAAAAGAAAUUAGAUUCACUGGUUGGCCAGUGUCCGACUGCUCCUCCAGCCCCAAAAGGACUUUACAUCUAUGGAAAUGUUGGAAGUGGGAAAACAAUGCUUAUGGAUAUGUUUUAUGGUGCCACGGAAGGAAUUGUUCGACAUAGGAGAAGACUUCAUUUUCAUGAGGCUAUGCUUCAGAUACAUGACCUUAUGCAUAAGGUAUGGAAAGGUCAAGAGUUGGAAAAGUCUCUUCAACAGAGCAUUUCUAACUGGGUUACAAAUCUUCCCUUUGAUACAAAAGUUAAGGAGUGGCUAAUUGAGGAAGAAAGAUAUAAACAAGAGAUAAAGAUGAAAAAUAUCCUUCCAGCUGUUGCUGACAAGUUCCUUUCUGACGUGCAAGGACAUCAAAAGGGAGCUAGUAUUCUUUGCUUUGAUGAAAUACAGACAGUCGAUGUAUUUGCUAUUGUGGCUUUAUCUGGAAUAGUUAGCCGAUUAUUGAGUACAGGGACAGUUCUUGUGGCUACCAGUAAUCGCACGCCAAGGGAUUUAAACCAGGAUGGAAUGCAAAAGGAGAUAUUUGAAGAGUUUCUGGCCAAACUGGAGGACCACAGUGAAAUUAUUCUGGUCGGUAGUGAAAUUGAUUACCGUCGUCAUAUAGCACAAAGUUCAAUCGAUCAGACUCGUUUUCUUUGGCCUCUAAACAGUACCAAUGCAAAAGAAUUCGAGAAUAUGUGGAACAAGAGUGUGGGACAGUCAGGAGGGAGGGUCACUUCUCAAAUUCUUCCAGUGAUGUUUGGAAGAACACUGGAAGUCACUGAGAGCUGCAAUGGGGUGGCACGUUUCUCAUUUCAAUUUCUAUGUGGCCAACCGAUAGGAGCAGCUGAUUAUAUUGCCAUUGCUAAAACCUACCACACAGUCUUCAUAGAAGCUAUUCCUGUUAUGAGCAUGCGUAUACGAGACACGGCGAGGCGGUUUAUCACAUUAAUCGACGAACUGUACAAUCAUCAUUGUUGCUUGUACUGUUCUGCUGCUGCUUCUAUUGAUGAACUGUUUCAAGGAACUGAAGACGGAACAUUAUUUGAUUUGGAGAGUUUUCAGUUUGAAACGGACAUAGAAGGUUCUAAGCUGAGGCGAGAUGUUAUGGCUGAAGGAAACGUGAGUUCUAGGAGAUCAAACACCACUGGCAUUAUUUCCAUUCUUUCGGCUCAAGAGGAGAUGUUUGCAUUUCGAAGAGCUGUUUCUCGCUUGAUUGAAAUGCAAACGCCAUUUUACAUUGAAGGCGUUUGUUCCAUUCAUCCUUAUUUCCAGGAAAAGUCGAAAGAGAUUCUGAGGCGAAACAUGGCUGGCUAG